CGUUAAAUCGCAGCUCCCGCAGGAGCCGGGCCUUGCACGGACCCACCCUUGUGGUUUAUGAGCUCCAGGUGCCUGAGGUGCUGCCGAGGAGCCGCGCAGGAGCGGGGAUAACCAGCCCAGAUUCCUGUUCCGCUGGAGACUGGAUUGAAGACGGGGUCUGAGGUCCCUGCUGGAGGAAGGAGGAGGAGGAAGAGGAGAAGGAGGAGGUUUCCCUUGGCCUCUGAGCUGUGAAAGCAGAAAACCAAAGCAUGUCCCAGGUCAUAGAAUCCCACGUGCUGCGUGUUGGGCAGACUGUGUGCAUUUCCUCACCGGAGGAAAGCAAGAGCCUGCACCCAGCCGGGUACCCCAGGCUGCCGGGCAAGUACGUCUACUACUCCACAGAAACCUGGACUGACCCCCCCUCCAUGGUGCACCCCAAGGCUCACCUGCUCCCCAGGUAUGGAGCCCAGCCCCUGCCAGAGCAUCUGGCUGCUCACACGCAGGGGAAGGACCAGCAGAAUUCCUCCUUGGAGAGACCCCCUGUGCUGAGCCAGCCAAAGGAGGAGGAGAGCAGCAGCACGGACCCUGAGGAUCAGCCAAUGUCUCCCUCCCUGGAUAUAACCAUAGAGACUCUCAACAAGAUGAUCCUGGAGAUUGAUCCCACCUUCCAGCCACUGCCAUGCAGGCCAGUGAGGGCUGCAGGCCAGCCUGCUGCUCAGGGGGACACUGUGGCCACCAAGAAGCAGGAGCAGGAGGCAAUAGACAUCAAGUACAUAGAGCUGACACCGGGCAGAGCCACGGGGCCUGACCUGCCACAGGGCUCCCCCAGCCCUUCAGGCACCCCCUUCUCCAGGUCCCCUCAGACCAGCAGCUUUCUGCCCCAAAAAGGGGCUCUGGGAGGCAAAUACAGCUCUGGUGACAGCGUGGUUUUCUCCAGCCCACCCGGACCCCCGAGUCCCCAGCCGGCCGCGCUGAGCAGCAGCAAAGCAGCCGAGAGCAGCAGCGCUCCCUGGCAGUGCCUGGCAGGACACACAGACACGGCCUCCUGCAGCCCCGGAGCCCUCAGCACCUCCCCAGGUGUGGAGAACCUGCUGAAGCCCGUGCAGGUGCUGAGGGCCCAGCAGAGGGGCAGCUGGGUGUCCCAGCUCUCCACCAGCCCUGGCUCGGACACCAGCUACAUGCUGGGCAGCAGCACCCACUCGCUCCACAACGACGACUCCGACGCUUCAGCCGCUGCCUCCCUGUCCCCCUCCAGCUCCCUGGGCAGCCCCUGCUCCCCUUCCUCGGGCAUCGUGGCUCACCCCAGGGAGGCUUUUGGCCAGAGCUCCCCCCAGCCGCGGGCAGGCAGCUCCCCCAGCGCCUCCCUGGCCCAGAAGGGCCAGGCCAGCAGCUGCCCCCCCUCCAUCCUCACCUCUGCUGCCGACAUCCCGGUGCUGCUGGUGAACGGGUGCCUGGAACAAGGGGAUGGACCCCCCCCGAUGGCCAGAGCCCCCCCAAGCUCUGCCAAACAGCCCCCCCUGGCCGGCUGCAACCCGGCCUCGAGGCUGGGGGGCCUGAACAACGCUCAGUCAGCGCCCACCCUCAGCUGCCUCUCAGACAGUCCCCUGAAGGCUGGGCAGCCCACCAUGAAGUUUGUGAUGGACACCUCCAAAUUCUGGUUCAAGCCAAGCAUCAGCAGGGACCGAGCAAUCCAGCUGCUGAAGGACAAGGAGCCGGGCGCGUUCCUGGUGAGGGACAGCACCUCCUUCCGGGGCUCCUUCGGGCUGGCCAUGAAGGUUCCUGGCUCCCCCUCGGGCAGCCACACAGGUGAGGAGAGCAGUGACCUCGUCAGGCACUUCCUCAUCGAGUCCUCCACCAAAGGGGUUCACCUGAAGGGCGCCAGCGAGGAGCUGUACUUUGGGAGCCUCUCUGCCUUCGUCUACCAGCACUCCAUCACCCCUCUGGCGCUGCCCUGCAAGCUCAGCAUCCCCACCCGAGAUCUCGCUGAUGGAUUGGACAGCCCUGACUGCGCCCCUGAACCUGCCCCGGCCCUGGCCAGGAAAGCUGCAGUGUGCAACGUCCUGUACCUCAACUCGGUGAACGUGGAGACGCUGACAGGAGCCCCAGCCAUCCUGAAGGGCAUCUCCUGCACCUUGGAGCUGGAGACGCUGCCCACCCCAGCCCUGGUGCACUUCAGGGUGACGGAGCAGGGCGUCACGCUGACCGACGUCCAGAGGAAGGUGUUUUUCAGGCGACACUACCCCUUGGCUGCCAUCAGGUUCUGUGGGAUGGACCCUGAGAACAGAAAGUGGCAGAAGUACUGCAAGUCCUCCAGAAUCUUCGGGUUCGUGGCCAAAAGCCAGACAGACUCGGAGAACCUCUGUCACCUGUUUGCAGAGUACGACACCCUGCAGCCCGUGUCCCUUGUCAUCGACCGGCUCCGCCAGCUCCUGCCCAGCCCAUAGGGACACAGCCCUGGGACACUCAGGGCCAGCAGCUGCCCACACACUGCUGAGCUUCUCCUGCUCCCCUUCUCCUGCUUCUGGGUUGCAUUUUGGCAACAGCACGUAAUUCGAAUUUUUUUGUUAUGCACCGUCACAUCAGGAGCCUCAGCUAAAGACUUUGAGCUCUGGUGGGAUGAGAUGCUCCUCCAAGCCUCUCCAUGGGGCACUGGCUGCCCUGGGGAAGGGAUGGGAGCUGUGCUCUCUAUGGAACCACUGUCCCUCAGGUGGACUCUCUGCUUUGAAGGACCACAAUGCUCUGGCUGGGGUUUCCACCAGCCAUGAGGUGCCCUGGGCUGGGGGAGCUCAUGGAGCUGAACUGAGUUGGGGACUCAGCCUUGACCCCCCAGUGCUGCAGGAGGGAAAAUCUGGGGGAGGAAUCGCCCCCCUGAGCAGCACAAAGAGGCAGCUUUGCAAAUCAGAGUGUAUAAAAUGACUAAGUCCUGCUGGAAACCUGCUUGCCUCGAGGAGCAAGCAGCAUCCACAGGCAGGAAUUGACAGAGCAGCGCAUUUUUCCUGGUGCUGGGAAAUUCUCCUGCCCUUUUUACGCAGUGCGGGGUUGCGGGCGGGGCUCGACCUCCCAGCAUUGCCGAGAGCUGGGAAAUAAAUGGUGACAUUUCCAUGACAGUGAAACAUCCUCGGGUUUUUGGAAAUGACUUGCCUGAAUUUGGGCCGGGUUCUCAGAUGACGUAAAUUGGCAGGGCCUCGAGGAAGACUCAUGGUGCUGCCAUGAUCUGCAGCAGCUGAAGGGUCAGCUCAUGCUGUAGCUCAGAGCAGAAAGCAGCUCUGAGGCCACCACGCUCUUCUCUACCUUAUUUCUCAUUUGGUGCCUCUGCUUUGGUUUCAUUUGGGCCCCCAUGUUAACAAACCCUCGCAGGGGUGUAUUCAAUAAAGCAGUAGAAUAUUUUUCAAUAACACCUCGAGGAUGGCAGCAAUGCAGACAUUUGCUGUGCUCCAGAGCAGAUGAACAGAUGCACCCAGGGCACCCAGGGCUCCAGCCAGGCUGUGGAGCAGGUCCAGCUGUGGCCACUCUUGGCAAUGACCAGAACAGAUAUUGGGGUCACUGCAGGGGGAGCACAUGGAGCACUAAGAGGAGGUGGCAGCAGCUUUGUCCCCCCAGUUCCUGUGCCCUGAACUCUGCUGAACCACAGCCCAGCACUGCAGGGUGGGCUCAGGAGCUGGUGCCCAAGGGAUUCAGGUGCCUCUGUUGUCCCCAUCGUGCUGCAGGGACCAAGGGGCAGCAGCUCCCCAAGGUCACAGGCAGCUUCGGCUGUGGGUCCUGAGCCCUGAGACCCUGGGGCAGCCCCAGGACCCCCAGAGCGGGCAACAACUCUGUUGUUAUCAUUUUGCUGGUCAGGACCAGCAACUGGGAAUGGGGACGGGCACAGACUUUGGCUCCCCACAGUGCUUUGGGGGUUUGUGCUGCUCCCCGAGCCCAGCCAGCCCUGGUAGCCAUCAACACAGGGCCAGGGCACGGGGCUGGGCUCCAGGAGGCCCAUCUGCCAUGCCAGCAGAUUUCUGGGCUGUCUGCAUUGGCUGCAGCCCAUCCCGGUGCUGUUUGUACAACGCCAGCUCCUCCCGCAGCCCCGCUCCGGCAUCCGGCUGGCACCAGCCCCGGUGGCACUGCCAGCCCCGGGAGCCACCAAACACGGGCUCAGCGAGCUCCUGAGCCAUGACCCCGGGCACAACUGGCUGUAGACACUGGGACAGAGUGGAGCCAUGACCAGGAAGUGCGCAGCUGUCACAGUUCCUGUGCCUGGGCAUCUCCUGCCUGCAUCCUGACCCCCUCCCCAAACACCGAGCUGCAGGUGCCCGGUAUGCCCUGGCACCAGCAGGCACCCACACAUGCGCCUCGGGCAGCAGCACUGCCUGGCCUGGAGCCCGCGUCCCUGGAGCAGCCGGUGCCUGUCCCGGUGUGCCCCUGAACUUUGAAGCCGGUCCAGGGUCCCCUCCCCGGGCUGGCGCCGCCGCCACUGCUCGGUGGCGCUGUGCAGGGCGACAGGGACAAUCCUCCCGGUGGCACCGUGGAGACACUGAGCCGGGAGUCAUGAGGAAGCAAGGAAUUAAUUGUUUCCCACCCCAUCCCUGCCCAGGGAAGAUCUUCCAGAGGUUCGUGGGCUCCUGGGUUUGCAGGGCUGCUGAACCCCAAACCCAGAGCAGGCCCUUGACCAGAGCUGUGCCCACACCAGUGGGAUACCCUUCAUUCCUGCUCUGCCUCCCUCCCUCCCCUCCCAUAAUUUAAAGCCAUAAAAGAUAAAAACACACUCGACAGAAACACGUCAAAUAA